AUUAGGAGAAAAGCUAUCAGAACUGCGGCAAUUAAUAGAUGGCCUGGGAAUGACAUCCCGAAUUUUAAGAAGAACAAGGUCGCUGUUGACGAGUUGAAUGAUCUUGUUAAUGACCUCAAGGAGGAUUGCUCGUUUCCACCUUUAAACUUUGGCAAAGAGGGUAUCAAACAACAUAUCUUAGACGUUCUUAAUGAAAGAAGGAGACAUAAAAGGAAAGGACAUGACUAUUCUCAGGUGAGCUUAAUGUCAAUAACAUUAAUUUUUAUAUAUUGACCAAUUAUUUCUUAUUCAUGCAUGCAGACCUUAAUUUGGAAGGAGCUCGAACCUACGGAAAAGAUUUUGUUUGCUUUACAACAAAGAACAUCUAAAUGAACAUACUGCUACUAAAUGAAACCCAUAUAAGUUAACAAAUUAUGAUGAAAAAAAAACAGCUCAUGUUACUGUACAACCAUUUACAUGAUUUUUUUGACAUUGCAGCCGGAUAAACGGACUCUUAAAAGGAAAGUGGAUCAAGGAACAAGUUCUGACAGCACUAGUACUGAUAAUGAUAUUGGUGGCUCAAGUUCAGCUAGUGGAUCAAGUGCUGAUCAUGAAGAGAUUGGAGACUCUGAAGAGACAAAUAACUCUGGAGACACAGAAAGUGUAGAAGAAUCCGAUGAAAACGAGGGUAUGCAUUACACUGUAAAAUAUAUCUGCAUGCCCCCAUAAAAACAUUUGCCCCCCAAAUGUAAUGAAAUUGUUUCAGAGGAGUUUGUAAUCUUUCGUAGAUCUUGAUGAGGAUACUGCCAAGUUGGUUGUGUGCGUGGCCUUUAAUGCAAUUCAAAUAUCUCAAAUUUCACGAACCCAGCUGCAGUCUUCAGCAAAAGCUCUUAAAAUUACAACAAAAAAGAAAGAGAAGAACGAUCUAGUGAAGAUAGUUGCUGAAGCACUUGUAGAGAAAGGAUUUGUCAAAGUGUGA